AUGAGCGGAAGAGGAAAAACUGGAGGCAAAGCCAGGGCCAAGGCAAAGACCAGGUCAUCCCGCGCCGGUCUUCAGUUUCCUGUGGGUCGUGUUCACAGACUUCUCCGUAAAGGAAAUUACGCUCAGCGUGUGGGAGCUGGUGCGCCAGUUUACUUGGCCGCUGUGCUCGAAUAUCUGACUGCUGAGAUCCUUGAGUUGGCUGGCAACGCUGCCCGCGACAACAAGAAGACUCGCAUCAUUCCUCGUCACCUGCAGCUGGCUGUCCGCAACGACGAAGAGUUAAACAAACUCCUCGGUGGUGUCACCAUCGCUCAGGGUGGAGUGUUGCCUAACAUUCAGGCAGUACUUCUUCCCAAGAAGACCGAGAAGGCCGUCAAGGCCAAAGAAAUCGCCCAGGACUUCAAGACUGACUUGCGGUUCCAGAGCUCCGCUGUGAUGGCUCUGCAGGAGGCUAGCGAGGCCUAUCUGGUCGGUCUCUUCGAGGACACCAACUUGUGCGCCAUCCAUGCCAAGAGGGUUACCAUCAUGCCCAAGGACAUCCAACUGGCCCGCCGCAUUCGCGGAGAGCGCGCCUAAAUGUAAUUUGACUGCAAC